AUGAGUAUUAUUACCCUAGUCAUCAACGCGACUUCUCCGCAUUCAUCUCCACAGUUUUCAGAAUUUUGGCAUUCAGGAAGGAAUUUCAUUGAAGAAGUUUCAAUCGACAAGGUUUUCAAUAUUCGAACAGCAACUGUAUCGAGAUUAGAAAGGAGGAUUCAGGUAAUCAAAAGUGUGAUUUUGGGUAUUCAAAACUACUGGACAUCUAAUUUCAUAUUGCCAGUUAAGGUUGUGAAGAGGAUUGAUGAAGCUUGCAGGCAAUUCCUGUGGGGGAAAUAUGAAAACUCUUUUAAAACUCCUUUGGUCUCAUGGGAUAAGGUAUGCUGUGGGAAAAUUCAAGGUGGUUUGGGAGUUUACUCUGCAACUAUUUGGAACCUGGCUACUGCUAUGAGGAGUAUGUGGUAUAUCCAUGUCAAUAAGGAAAUAUUAUGGGUGAAAUGGAUUCAUGGGAAUUAUUUAAAGCAUAAGGAUGUAUGGAAUGUUAAAGCAAAAAGAGGAGACUCUUGGAUGUGGAAGCAGCUACUUAAAUGUAGGGAUAAGGCUUUGAAUGAAGUUGGAGGCAUUGACAACCUGAAGCAAUUGCUUAGUGAUUGCUACAAAAACUCAAAAAUCAAGCUGUCAGCAGUAUACACUGCUUUCUCCCCUGUCUCACAAAAAGUUCCCUGGUUUAACACAGUGUGGGGAAAGUUGAAUUACCCUAGGCACUCGUUUAUGUUGUGGCUUGCGGUGCUGAACAGGGAAGUGUGGCUAGGCAUCAUUAACUGGCUUAGAAUAGAUUGGCAAACAUGUGAUUGGAACUUAUAUAACACAAGACAGAAAGGGAAGGGAUUCAAGAAAAAGGUUCGGAGAUUGGCGCUUGCGGCUGCUGUGCACAGGAUUUGGGAAGAAAGGAACAGAAGAUGUUUUCAGCAGGGGAGCAGGAAUACUGAUCAAUUGGUAAAGAUCAUCAAAACUGACAUUUUCACUUUAUGUUUGAACAGCCCCAUCUCGGCUGAUCAAAAAGAUUGGUUAAUAUCUUUGUAA